AUGGACCAAAAGAAGAUUGAGGCCGUUACAUCAUGGCCCGCACCCAAAAUGGUCAAACAGGUCCAGGCCUUCUUAGGUUUUGUCAAUUAUCUCUGCCGGUUCAUUCCCAAUUUUAGCUCUGUUGCGCAACCUCUACAUAACCUCACCAAAAAGGAAACCCCUUGGUCAUGGGGUAACCUGGAGGAAACUGCCUUCCAGGAACUAAAGUCCCUUGUCACCCAGUCACCUGUCCUAAUCCACUCCAACCCCAAUCUUCCCUACUACCUAGAAACGGACGCGUCAGGAGUAGCCAUGGGAGCCAUCUUAAGUCAGCAAGGAGAGGAUAACCGCCUUCACCCAGUUGCAUAUAUGUCCAAGUCCUUUUCCGGCGCAGAAGCCAACUAUGACACCCACGAUAAGGAACUUUUAGCAAUUAUCAAAGCCCUGGAAGAAUGGCGAAUUUUCCUGGAAGCAACAGACAGGCCAAUUCAGGUCUUCACAGAUCACAGGAACCUGGAAUAUUGGAGGCAGGCUAGGACCUUCAACCGCAGGCACGCUAGAUGGUGCAUCUUCCUGAGUGACUUCAACUUUGAGAUCCACUACCGACCAGGGAAACAAUCAGGGAAACCAGAUGCACUGUCCCGACGCGCAGACUAUGUUGAUCUUCCCCCCGAACCAGAAGUUAUGAUCCCUACCAAAGUUUUUGCCAAUACGUCAGAAGAGGAACUGGAAAUUGUCACGGAAAUCCGCACCAAGCUUAGAGAAGACCCAUCCCUUGAGCCUAUUAUCCAAUUCCUCACAGAAGAUGCGGACAACGCUCCCCCCUCCAUCCGUAAGGCAUACAAGGACUAUGACUGGGAAGAGGACCUCCUCUGGUACCGCGGCAAACUAGUAGUCCCAGACUCGGAAGCCCUGAAGGAACGGCUACUCAGAGAAUUCCAUGACGCACCCCUGGCAGGGCACCCUGGACAACAACGUACCUUGGAACUACUAAGUUGUAACUACUGGUGGCCAGGCAUGAAGUCCUCCGCCAAGGAAUGGGUGGAAUGUUGCCCAUAUGACUUUAUCACAGGAUUCCCUAAGUCAAAUGGGCACAAUGCAAUCCUGGUAGUCAUUGACUCCUUUUCCAAGUUUGGGCACUUUAUCCCAACCUCAAAAAAGGUGACCGCUAAGGGGCUAGCAGACCUAUUUGUCAGUCAUGUCUGGAAAUUGCACGGAUUACCAGUUAAAACCAUUUUGGAUUGUGGAACCACAUUUACGGGAAAGUUUCUAAGGGCACUAUACCAACAACUAGGGGUUAAACCAGCCUUCUCAUCAGCCUACCACCCAGAAUCUGAUGGCCAAACGGAGAGGGUGAAUCAGUUUAUUGAGUUCUACCUCAGAUCAUACGUUGCUGCAGACCACUCCGACUGGGCUACCUGGUUGCCACUGGCGGAAUACGCUUACAACAAUGCGAAACACUCCGCCACGGGAAAAACCCCCUUUGAAUUGGUCUAUGGCAGAAACCCCGUCAUGAAUCCGUCAAACGUCCCUGCAAACGUCCCAGAAGCAGAUCUUGUGGCAGACACCUUGGCUCAGGAAUGGAAGGAAGCCGAAGCGGCCCUCAGAAUGAGCAAGGAACGGAUGACAAGGGAUAAAGGAACAACCCCUGAAUAUUCAAUUGGGGAAAAGGUCUGGCUAGACGGAAAAAACGUGGAACUCAGGACAAAUUCCAACAAGUUGGACCCCAAACGACUGGGCCCCUUUGAGGUAUUAGAAAAGGUGUCCAGCCAUGCGUACCGCCUCAAACUGCCAGAAACCCUCAAAAUCCACAACGUGUUCUAUGUGGGAUUGUUAUCCAGGGCACAUAUAUCCCCGAGUCAACCAUUCCUGGAAAGGCCCCCUCCUGAAACAGUAGAAGGGGAAGAAGAAUACGAGGUGGAACAAAUCAUUGACUCCAAGCAACAACGGGGAAAGUGGUUUUACCUAAUCAAAUGGAAAGGCUAUGGUCCGGAAGACAAUUCCUGGGAACCAGAAGAGCUCCUGGAUCACAGUCAGGAGGAGAUUCAACGCUUCAACAAGUCACGACUGAAAAAGGCUCGUGACUCCGCCAAGAGCCUUUAA